AUGUCCAUCAUGACUCAACAGGCCGAGGGCUCACAGCUCGCAGAGUGUGACCAUAUCCCAAUUAUCGACCUCUCCAAUUUGAACAGUCCUCAUUUUGAAGAUCGACAGAAACUUGCUCAGUCGAUCCGUGACGUCUGCACCCAUGUUGGUUUCUUCUACAUCAAAAACCAUGGGAUUGCAGAGGAUGUGAUUAAAGACAUCCACAGCGCAGCAGAGCGGUUUUUCGCCCUCCCCGAAGAGCAAAAGAUGAGACUCUAUAUUGGUCACUCACCGAAAUUCCGUGGCUACAGUCCUCUAGGUGGGGAGAGAUCCACAGGGACGGACGAUGACCCUAUAUCGCAGGAAGAUGCCGCCAGUGCUCUCUCUGAGGCAUUCGAUAUUGGAUAUGAGACCGCAAUGGAUCUUCAGAAAUCGAAGGAUGACCCACUUCCCCUUGAUCCAUAUGAACUAUACGGAGGUAAUCAAUGGCCUGAUCAAGAUACACUUCCAAAUUUCGUCGAUACCUAUAUUCGAUAUUGCACAAUGAUACUAGAGCUAUGUCGAAAAAUGAUGAGACUUAUUGCCCUAGCUUUGGAUAUGCCAGAGAAGCAUUUUGACUCUAUGGUUUGUGAUCCAGGAGUCACGUCAAGAAUGAUGCAUUAUCCACCACAGCCGGUUAAAGAGGAGAUACGUGAGGGACUCGGGGCCCAUACGGAUUUUGAAUGCUUUACCAUUCUCUCCCAAGGCAACGUGCCGGGUUUGCAAGUUUUAAACCAUAGCGGCGAGUGGAUACUUGCGCCGCCAUUGCCAGGGACUUUAGUUGUCAAUAUCGCAGAUUGUCUAUCAAUAUGGACGAAUAAGACAUUCAAGUCGACCAUUCAUCGCGUCACAAACUUGACAGGCCAGGAGCGCUACUCCAUUCCCUUCUUCUUCGGGAUUGACUACAAUGCAACGGUUUCUGUUCUGCCAAAUUUCAUUACGGUUGACAAACCAGCAUGUAAACAGCCUUUCAAAGCAGGUGAGUGGGUUCGUCAGAAGCUAUCAAACGCGUAUGUUGGAUUUGAGGGUUAG